AUGGCGCCGCCUUGUGGCUCUUUAAAGAGCGACACUCAGAACUCUUUACGGUGUGUUAGAGUGAAUCUGGUGGUUUAUCUGAGUGUCAGAGCAGCAGCAGCAUCUGUGUUUGAUGUUGUGUCUGGUCUCAGUUUCUGCUGCACAGUUUACUGGGAGGAUCUGGACUCCAGUCUUCGUAAACUCAACUCCCGUCUCUUCGUCAUCCGCGGUCAGCCGGCCAACAUCUUCCCGCGCCUCUUCAAGGUAGAGACAGCCCUGUUUCCGAAACCACCCAACACAGACAAUGCAACGUUCUCGACAGCCCUGUUUCCGUCCUGCAGCUGGUUUCUCGUCAGCCCUGUUUCCGUCCUGCAGCUGACACACACACACACAGACACACACACUCACACACACACACAGACACACACACUAACACACACACACACACACACACAGAUGGAUAGGUUCUUGCAUCAUGGCUGUGUGUGUUCAGGGUUCGACACUGAGUGUUUGGAUCCUGCUGUUUGGCCCGGAGGAGAGUCAGAGGCGCUGAAGAGGUUGGAGCGACACUUCGGACCUGACUCUAACACGGCGUGGCAGGAGAACUUCGAGCGUCCGAAGAUGAGCUCCAGUCCGCUGCUGGCCAGUCCGCUGGGCUUGAGCCCGUACCUGCGCUUCGGCUGUCUGUCCUGCCGCCUGUUCUACUACAAACUCACCGAACUCUACAACAAGGUGAAGAAGAACGCAAGCCCGUCGAUCUCUCUGUACGACAAGCUCUUAUGGAGGGAGUUCUUCUACACGGCGGCGAGCAACAACCCGCGCUUCGACCGAAUGGAGGGAAACCCCAUCUGCAUCCGCAUCCCGUGGGACAGGAACCCCGAGGCGCUGGCAAAGUGGGCCGAGGCCAAGACUGGCUUCCCGUGGAUCGACGCCAUCAUGACCCAGCUGCGUCAGGAGGGCUGGAUCCAUCACCUGGCGCGGCACGCCGUGGCCUGCUUCCUGACGAGAGGAGAUCUGUGGAUCAGCUGGGAGGAGGGCAUGAAGGUGUUCGAGGAGCUGCUGCUGGACGCAGACUGGAGUGUGAACGCCGGCAGCUGGCUCUGUCACUCCUGCAGCUCCUUCUUCCAGCAGUUCUUCCACUGCUACUGUCCCGUGGGAUUCGGACGCAGGAUUGACCCCAACGGAGACUUCAUCAGACGUUACUUACCCAUGCUCCGAGACUUUCCGACCAAGUUCAUCUACGACCCCUGGAACGCACCGGACGACGUGCAGCGCGCCGCCAAAUGUGUGAUCGGCGUGGACUACCCCAAACCCAUGGUGAACCACGCCGAGGCCAGCCGCCUGAACAUCGAGAGGAUGCGGCAGAUCUACCAGCAGCUCUCCAGAUACCGCGGACUCAGUCUUCUCGCAACUGUUCCGUCCAACCACAUGGAGGUCGUGGGCGUAAGUGAAGCUCAAGCGGCGCCCCCUACACGCCGGAGGACCCAGAGCAGCACUUCGUCUCAGCGGGUCAGGAGAGAGCAGCCUGGACCGAGCGGAGCGAAACAUCGCAGCGCAAGACACCGACACGCCCUCAGCCACCGUACAUCGCCCUACACCCCCCAGAGCGACCUGACGGAGCGCGGCCACGAGUUUGCCGUCCCUCAACAACCAGGGCGUCUGAUUUGGCCGGUUGGGGGCGGGACUGGAAGGAGAGAACGGGAGGAGGCGGAGCUUAACGGUUGCCAUGGUGAUGACGGCCCCUCCUCCUCCUCGUCAGCGCUAAAACUCCAAGAUGAUGAAAAGAGGCAGGAAGACGCGGGGGGCGUGGCCUUCUCUUCCUAAGCUCCACCCAGUGAUGGAUUC